CAUUCCUGAACACUUGUCAUUUUCUCCAAUUUGAGGAAAAAUAAAAAAAAAUCUAAAUGGUGGCUCAACUAGCAAACUUUACUACUACAAGUUAUGCGCAAAAAUAAAAAGUUUUGGUCGGUGUCAGUGAAUAUACUAUUCUUUUCGAGUGUAAUUUAUGUGCCGCGAUCGUGAUAUUGCAAAAUACGGUGGAAAAAUAACGCAUGCAUCAUACGCUAAUCGAUGAAAUGAACGAGCUGCUGAAGCUGUAAAUUUGCGAUUCGAAAUUUUUGUUAUGCGAUCGUGAUCGGAUCAAAGAAAUUUUCUGGUUCCUAGUGGUGUGAAACAGUUAUUUUUUUUUUACCAAGACCUGAUCAAGACGGAUUCAUAGCAGAGAACAAUCAAUCUCUGGCCAGCCGUCUGCUGUUUUCAGAGACCAGCGGAAGAAAAAUAAGGCAGAGCUUUACGCGAAUGAAUCGUACUAUCGGUGGUUUGGUGAAAGCGUGCUAGAGGAGAAAUGAUACGUGAAGAAGUUACUAAUUGAUAAACAUAUUCAACGGCAAACGACGACAAUCCACCAUCUGCAAUGGCACCUGUUUACGACGAGAACGAGAUCUUCAGGGCACUCUGGAAUGAUAUUACGAACGUGCACUGGGCGUUCCUUGAAGCGGACGAGUGUAUGCAGAAGAUUGAGCUGAGGCAGAAGUUGGAAGAUUUAAUUUUCCAACACUUGUGUAACAUGCCACACGAACAGAAGUUUUUUCUACCCCCUACUGUGAGAGUACUGGAAAAUUCAAUCGCAAAGUUGGAAGACUUUUCCGCAUACAAAGCAGCUAUCGGAUUUGAUGCAAUCAGCCAGUACGCAAAUAAUCUAUUUACAAAACCAUGGCGAAAGGAGUACAAGGUGAUCAAGAUGUACUCUGGGUUCUACCAGCACGAAAUAUCGGCCAAUCUGAUAGGAGCAGAAAUCCUUUUCGAAGAGAUGGGAUACCGAGCAAUGCCAAACCAAACAUUGGUUCUGGAGGGACCCAUCUGUCCGGAUCGGGUUACAAACGUCUCGAGGGAUGCCAUCACGGCUAACGUAGAGUGCCAGAUAAUGAAAGAAAUCUGUCGCCAACUGACUGAAAUGUCCCUUCCUGUUAACUGGAGUGAUAUCUACAGUUUCCGGCAAUGCAAUAAAAUGAACGUCGUGAAAUCUGUGCAGCUUAUGUCUACCCUUAUUCAGGAGAAACACCAGAAAACCCAACAAGCUAGGCGAAAAGAAUCGUAUAGCAGUACGCAAGCGCCAGCAGCUAGUUCUUGUAAUUCUUGCAAUCCGUAUCAGUUUCAUCCCCACGUACAACAGCAGCAGCCGCAGCAACAAUCGCUGGCUCCUCAUAUGGCUGUCCUCCCUCAGCAAGUUCCUCCGAUGUCCUUCUGCGGUCCUCAGUCCUUGUACAAUACCGUUCCAUGUAGUAUGCAUAAUCAAACACCAGGCCUAGCUUACGGUUAUCAUCAUCAUAAUAAUUAUCAAAGUUACCUGCCGACCUCUUCCUUUCAACCUCAUGUUCACCCAUCCAACCACUCCUCUGUGAUGCCUCCCCUUCCACCUCCCCCUCUGGGAACAAUACCCCACUCCAAAUCAUUGGACCAUUAUCAAGACCCUGCCGCAGCUAUGUACAACUUGACCGCUUGCAUGCAGCGGCACUCGAUUGAUCAGGCCUUUGAUUAUGCUGCAGCAUCCUCGGCAUCACACUAUGGCGGACCGAUGGGAAUGGGUCCCCCCACUGGAACCUACGAUGUUGUUGACAGCUGUAACAUCCCAUUCACCAAUCAUCCUUACAAUGUUUCUGGUAAUCGGUUUCCGCUGCCCUACAAUCUCUCCACGAACCUGGGACCUGGAAUGAAUGGAAUUCCAGUGAAGCAAAACGGAAAUGAGCCUUUUUUCCAAACCAGUAUUAACGGGUACCAACAGAUGUCGCCAUAUUACCAUCAUCGAAGCAGUAGCAACGGUCAAAUUUAUGGCCAGCAAACACAACCCCAAAGGCAUGCUACAGACCUCUACAUGAAUCACAAUUUUGAUUACUCCGGUACGCAAACUCCUACAUCAAUUUUGAGCAAAAAGAAGACUUCCUACGACGAUUACGAUGUUCCUUCGGUACGACAUGGCGCGGAUGCUAAUAGUCCUGGAGACCUCAUUUAUAUCGACAGUCUAGAAGAAGACAAGAAAGAACGAAAGAAAUCUGAACGUGGCUCAAAGAAUACCGACUUGCUUGUGGAUUAUGAAACUAAUAUGCUUCCCGAAGCUUUGGCCGAAAGGAGUCAGCAUACGCAUCGCCAUCCUCACUUACAUCAUCAGACAUCGCGAAACUCACGGCAAUCAGAUUUCGACAGCUACGAAGAUGAACAGUUGCUAACUGGAGCAAAUCAGCGAGCAACAAAUGUGACGAGGCGGAUUACGAGCAAGAAUCAGGACGGGAUUGGUUCGUACGAACAGUGGAACUACGUAUUUCAAAACUUGGAAAAACAGGGAUACAUGAAGGAUUUGGGUGAAAGGGGUGACUUACUAGUCGAUGUAGACGGCGAAGAACAUCCCGAAGUUACCAACACAAGCAGAAACGGUACCAUAAAACGUACCAGCAAUGACAAAUUGAAAGCAAUGAAGGCUAAAUCAGCAGACAAAGUCGACGGGAUACGUAUGCCCUCGUCAAAGCAAUCACAAUCAACCAAACACGACCGAGACAACGAACGAAACGAAGCAGUUGCUCGAUCUGCGCAAAGGCCCAUAUCAGUACAAAAAGUUGUUAAACCCUCUAGCAAUAACCAGACAGACAAUAGCCACCAGAGAGCUAAUCACAUUAAUAAUCCCACUCACUCUGCUGAUAGUGGAACAAUCAGUAGACGAAACUCCACCACGCGCAAGAUUUCGGUCUCCAGUAAAGAGAACGGCAUAUCCGGCAACCCAACGUCCAGCUCCAGUACAUACGGUGGUGGAAUCCUGGUCAAUCACAAUAACGCUCCCCACACUAUAGCAUCUACGUCAGCAAAGAAGAAAACCAGCUUCGACACGGCAGCCGCUACCAUAAUAAACCCAGACGACAGCCGAAAUCCGAAUAAUAACGGUUGUGGAACUAGCAGCGAAUGGAAUUGUGAAUUUUGCACAUUUUUGAACCCCGAGUCCAGACGCAUUUGCGAGAUGUGUUCCAAGAGCCGGGACAUCAAUUUGAGCAGCGGAACAACGACGACGACCAACAGCGGAAAAGCGACCUGUGUCUAAAAGAACUCGUAAUAUUGUGAUCAGAACGUGGGACGGGCGAACCCGAAGAAGAUAAAUCGACAAUGUGAAAUGGUUAUCAUGUGCGGGGAGAAGCAAAUUAAUAAUUCGACCAGCUUACAGGUCACCUAACUAGUCAGAAAUCAAGAAAUAUAUAUAAAACUUAUUAAAUAUACAUUAAAAUUGUUAUACAUUACACUAUUUUUAGAUCACCUAAGGCAGAAGAAUCUAAUGUCUAACAUUUGUAGCAAUUUCUAAACUAACUAUUGUAAGCUCAUGUUUCCCCCAUUAUAAAAAUUUUAAUAAAAUAACUUUUCUUUGUUUGCUGUUGACAAAUGAAAA